GAAAGAAAUGGCGUCGUUAAUAUCUACUUCGGCUUUACCAACGCGGUUGCAGUUCCUCAACUCAUUACCGACUAACUCGGAACGCUCCAACAAAAUCAACUCACUGUCUUGGGUCACUUCGUUUCGCAGUAUCAACAUCUCCGUUUACUCAUUAACACCUCCUCUUGCUCCCUCUCGGCACAAGGGUUAUUUUGUUCAAGCUGCCUGGACCAGGAGAUCACGUGGCGAACUUGCAAAGCAACCCAAUAGGAAAUCAUGGAAACAAAGGACCGAUAUGUAUAUGAGGCCAUUCCUACUAAAUGUUUUCUUUUCAAAGAAAUUUAUUCAUGCCAAAGUGAUGCAUCGGGGUACAAGCAAAGUUAUAUCGGUCGCAACCACAAAUGCCAAGGAUCUUAGAAACGAUUUGCCAUCACUCACUGAUCACAACGCUUGCAGAAUAAUCGGGAAACUGAUAGCUGAACGAUCAAAAGAAGCUGAUGUCUACGCGAUGUCUUAUGAGCCUAGAAAGGGUGAGAGGAUUGAAGGUAAGCUAGGAAUAGUUCUAGACAGCAUAAAGGAGAAUGGGAUCAUUUUUGUAUGAACCAAUCAACGCAUUGAUGUAGUAAAUUAAUUAGUUUAUUAGAAUUUGUUAACUGAACUUUGGAGAUGCAAUUAAUAUCGAGUCUUUGUUGAUGGUCUAAGU